GAGUUUAUUCAAAUAGAGAAUAUGCCUCGCCGUAACAGUAAUGCUCCUUUCCACCCACUUGUGGGAACCAUUGACAUUGGAACCACAUCGGCUCGAGCGAUUCUCUUCAACGCCAACGGAGAAGAAAUCGCCAAGCACCAGAUCGAAUACUCAACCUCAGCCUCUGAAGCUCCGGAUGAAUCUCAAAACACCGAUCAGUUCAGAAGAAGAUCCUCUUUGAUGAGACACAACCAGCCCAUUUUCACGGCCGAGGGUGUGGCCAUCAGUAUCAAUGAUGACAUUGAAAUUGAAAACAACCAGGCGAGUGUUGGACCUACUUUAAGGUUUCCACAGCCAGGUUGGGUUGAAUGUAUGCCAGUUCAUAUUCUUGCCAACGCCGUACAAUGUUUGAUUGCGUGUUUGAUCACCUUGAGGAAAAUCAACCAGAAUCCCAACUUGAAAACAAAGUACAAGGUUAAGUGUAUUGGGAUUGCAAACAUGAGAGAAACCACAAUUGUAUGGUCUAGAAAGACAGGUAAACCUUUGAGUAAUGGAAUUGUUUGGACCGAUACCAGGACUUCUGAGAUUGUGCAGCAUUUGGAAAGAAUGACUGACGACGAAAGAAAGCACGAAUUGAAAGAGAAGACCGGGUUACCUUUGUCGACCUACUUUAGUGCUGCCAAGUUACGGUGGUUGAUUGACAAUGAUGAGAUUAUAAAGGAGGAGUAUGAAAAAGGAGAUGGAAACUUGAUGUUUGGUACGGUGGAUACGUGGUUGAUCUACCACUUGACAAAAGAAAGGAACUUUGUCACCGACAUCAGUAACGCUUCCAGAACAUAUUUCAUGGAUAUUGAGAGUGGUGACUAUGAUGAUGAGUUAUUGGACUUCUGGGGCAUUGAUCCAGAGAAGAUCCGUUUACCCAAAAUCGUGUCAAGUUCAGAACACUACGGGUCUUUUGCUUCACCUAACUUUUCACACUUGGGGUUCCACAAUAAAAUUACACCUGAGGCUUAUGAGAUCUUGCGUACCAUAAAUGGAGUACCGAUUUGUGGGUGUCUUGGAGACCAAAGUGCCAGUUUGGUGGGUCAGUUGGCGUUUGAAUCUGGUUCCGCCAAGUGUACUUAUGGAACUGGUUGUUUCUUGUUGUACAACACUGGUACAAAGAAAUUGAUAAGUCAACAUGGGACUUUGACUACAAUUGGUUAUUGGUUUCCUGGAUUAAAAGGAGACGAUUCGAAACCUCAUUUCGCUCUCGAAGGGUCCAUUGCCGUUGCUGGGUCUAUUAUCCAAUGGUUGAGAGAUAAUUUGAAGUUGAUUGAAAACGCCAAAGAUAUUGGGCCUUUGGCUUCCCAAGUUCCUAACUCUGGUGGAGUGGUAUUUAUCCCAGCUUUUUCUGGAUUGUAUGCUCCUUACUGGAACGGAGGUGCUCGUGGUACAAUUUUUGGUAUGACGCAGUAUACGUCAUCCAGUCAUAUUGCUCGCGCUGCAUUGGAAGGAGUGUGUUUUCAAGUUCGUGCUAUCUUACGGGCUAUGGCCAGUGAUGCUGGUGCCAGUGAAGAUUUCUUGGAAAAGGCGUUGUCUUCUCAAAAUGAAGAUAAGCCCUUAAGCAGCUUGGCAGUAGACGGAGGUAUGUCCAAAGCGGAUGAGGUGUUACAAAUUCAAGCUGAUAUAUUGGGUCCAUGUGUUACAGUCAAAAGAGCAGCCAUUUCAGAAUGUACAGCAUUAGGGGCGGCUAUUGCUGCUGGACUUUCUUUUGAAGAUGAGAGUGAAAGAGUGUGGAAAGACUUGGACGACGUCAGAGAAAAAAUCGGUAAUGGGUCCGGAGAAAAUAACUUGUUCAAAGCUAAAUUGCCAGAUGAAGACCGGAGAAAGUUUUGGAAGCGGUGGGAAAAGGCUGUUAGUAGAGCCAAGGAUUGGUUAGAUGAUGAUAAAGAAUAAAACCUAGAAUGAAACUAGAAAUAAUAGAAUAA